AUGUCAUCGGAAGACUAUACAAAAACCGUUGUGCUGAAGCGAAGUGCAAAGAAAAAGUCUGGAUAUGCAAUUGUGGAGAAAGAAGGAGAGUAUUUUGUUGACGCCAUUCCCCCAAAAGCCCGUGUUAACGAAGGAGACAAGGUUGUUGGUAUCAACGGAAUUACAUCAGAUGAAUUCGUCGAUGAAGAUGACGCCAACGAUUUGAUCGAAAGUAUCCGAAUUGUUGUUGUCCCUGAGGAUCAAAUUGCUGACUAUGAGGCAGCAAAAGAAGCAGAAGAUGCCGGCGAGGUCGCAGGAGAGGAAUCCUCAGAAGAAGAGUACGAAGAAGUACAGAGACCAAGAGGGAAAGGAAAGAAAAAAGCUGCACCCGCAGCUGCUGCAGGCCCCACGCCCGAGAGUGCCUUGGUCGUCCGAGAUGAGGAGGAUGAAGAAGCGGAUCAAGUCUACCCUUGCCCAGAAUGCGGCUUUGAGAAUGUUAAUCCGGAAAGGGACGAAGACGGCGACUUAGCAUGUGAAGAAUGUGGGGGUUUACUCGAGGCAGUCCUCACUUGUCCGGGUUGCGGAUAUGGGAAUGUCAACCCUGAACCAGACGAAGAAGGUGACUAUGUUUGUGCGGAAUGCGGAGAAAUCCUGGAGGUUAAGGAUUUGACAAGAGCAGAGAGACUGAAAGCAAUGCACAAUGAGGUGGCAGAAACAACAGCUGAUGGGCAGACUUUCGGGGCAGACGGGAAACCCAAAACGAAUCAAGAAGGGAAAAAACUUACCCCUGCAGAUAUGUUCAGCCCUGGCGAUGUGAUCACUGUCACUGUCGGAAAAUCCAACCCAAAGCAAGACGCAGGAUUGAAGGUGGAAGAAGUCAACGGCAAAUACUACGUCAGAAAGAUCCCUGCAUCUGGUCUCUUUGCCAAGACCCCUGUGGCCGCCGGUGAUAAAGUUCUGGAGUUGAAUGGUACGGAUUCGAAGGGCUACCCAACCCUAAAUGACAUGAAGAAGACAAUCAAGGAUGAACAAAGAAUCACAAUCGUCGUGUUGAGGCGAGACCCCGAUGCAUCUUACAGUAGUGCUGACAGUGAUGAUAUUGAUUACGAUAAUUUGGCACCUGUUGCUCCUCCUGAUUCUGACGAAGAUAACAGCACAGUUGGUUACGACGGUCAAGAUUGUGGCACAGUUUGGUGUCCACACUGCCACCCAGAAUAUGCUGAAGGAAAUGACCUCAUGCUGGAGGAAUAA